CCAGAUUGGUCUGAACAGUGUUUGGGAUUUAUUGUACUGCGUGUGAUUUUAGCUAAGGAGGUAAAAUCCUUUCAUACUUCAGCAGAUGGCGCAGUUCGUCAAUUUACGCUAGUUCCCGAGACCAUCUGUUUACAUUUUCAGGGAAUAGCCUACAUCAGACCAACGUGAGUGGGGAACAGGGGGGUAUUCCAGAAAGCUUGGUUAACUUACCAUUUGAUAAACUAUAACCUCUGGGUUGAUUUACCCCAAACAGGCAUACCAUGAGUAUGUCGGUUCCAAAACACCUGAGAAGAGUUAGCUUAAUCAACCUCUGACUGGUUACCCAGAGUUAAUGCGCGUGCACGGUGCAUGUAUAAAGACAUUUUCAAUGGAUCGCCGAUUUCACGAGUCACCAUGGAAACUCAAAGCGAAAAAAAGAGAGCCGCGUAUUUCACAGAGGCGGAGUUGGAAGUUUUAAUGCAUGCUUAUGAGGAGUUUAAGCCAAUAAUAUUAAAAAGAAGCAAUACAGCUGCAUCGGCUAAAGCAAGAGAGUUGGCUUGGCAAAAAAUAACGGACAGAGUAAAUGCGUGUAAUCCUUCUGGAGCCACAAGAACUUUAAGCCAAGUCAAAAUGAAACACAAAAACAUUCUGCAAAAAGCUAACAGAAAAAAGACUGAAGCCCGUCUAACUGGCGGGGGGCCACCACCACCUCCCCUCACCCCAUCUGAGGAGCUGGCUCUGUCCCUUAAUAAAGGGCGACCAGUGGUUGCUGGCAUUCCAGGGGGCAGUUCAUCACACAUACUAUGCACCACAAGUGAUGGUGAAAAAAGGGUGAAAUAUACUGAUGGACGGAUUGUAUUAUUGGACUCUCCAGAAAGAACACAGUCUGUCACAGUUGAUGAGGAUGAUGAUGACGAUGAAGAGACCACAUCUGCUGUGACAGAAGUGGACAAUGCUGGUAGAUCCACUGAGUACAUACCUAGGGAUUUGCCCACAGAUGAGGGUCCUUCAGCCUCAGCACACAAUCUAAGCAGGUUGCCAGCAAAGGAGCUGUAUAAGGUCCAUCUUCAAAAACAAAUAAGAAAAAGUGACAUGGAGAUGGACCUUAUACAGCUUCAAAUGGAAGAGAAAAGGCUCCUCAUUAAAAAAGCAGCACUUGAAAUAGAAUUACUUGAGAAUCGCCUUAAGGAAAUGAAGAAAUAAACUGCCUGGCAGACCAGUGCAAAAAAAACUAAUAAAAGUAAUUUUGACAAAUCCUGUCUCUCAAAAGUCUUCCGUCUCUGUUGGCCUCUAAAAUCUGUCGGUGUUCCUCUGGGCCAUCUUCCUCAAUACAAGGAGGGUGGCUCUCUCCUCUUAUAGUGGCAAUAUUGUGAAGCACAACACAAGCCACAAUAAUGUCGCAUGCCCUCUCUGGACUAACCCGGAGCCCACGCAGACACUGAAACCGAGAUUUGAGGAUCCCUAUAGUCAUCUCCACCUUGGCCCGUGUUCGGCUGUGAGCCAGGUUAAACCGUGUCUGUGGUCCAGGCUCAGGUUCAGGGUAGGGUGUCAU